UCUUAAUUUUAUCGUAUUGUCCCUCUCGCUUCCUGCUACAUCCCUCCCGACCGCUGCAAAUACACAUUCACGGUUGCUAGUGCUGCUGGCUCAUCCUGACAUGGCUAGUACGGAGGAGUAUCCGGCAGGAUUUCUGCGCCAAUCCAAACAGGGCCUGAUUAACUCCGUUUCGGCAGUGUUUAUCGUACUGGAGGUUAUUUGUGUGGCUCUACGCUUUGCUUCCAAGCAGGCCGGCCGCUUGAAACUGGGUUGGGAUGACGCGCUUAUGGUCCUGGGCCUUGUCUUUUGCAUUGCCGAUGCAGCCGCUACAAUGGCUGAUGUGAAAUAUGGCGGCAUCGGCCUUCACGAAGCACGCGUCCGCCAGAUCGACCCCCAAAUGAUGGUGACCUGGGGCAAAUUUAUCAUCAUCAUUCCUCUACUCUACUUCACCACCGUCGUGCCCCCGAAACUAGCCAUCCUUCACCUCUACCUGAGCAUCUUCACGCACAAGGCUCUUCGGUAUACGUGCUACGGAACGGGGGCGGUGAUCCUAUUGAACUGGAUCGCGGUCAUCAUCGCGGGCCUCCUCUCCUGCCAGCCGCUGAGUUAUUUUUGGACGCAGCAAGGGCACUGCAUCGAUAUCAACGCCUGGUUGCGUUGGGGUGGUUUUGCGAACAUUCUGACGGAUGUGGUCAUGUUGAUCCUGCCCAUACCGGUGAUUUGGAAUCUGCACGCCUCGAUCCGCCUCCGGUUGGGUAUUCUCAUCACCUUCCUGCUGGGCAGUCUGGGUCUAAUUUCAUCCAUCAUACGAUUCUGGGAGUUCUACGUGACCGACUCCCAAGGGGACAAAACCUGGGCCGCCUCUACCUUGGUCAUUUGGGCGGUGAUCGAGGGUGGCAUUUACCUCAUCGCGGCGUGUUUGCCCACCUAUCGCCCGCUGAUGAAGCUUGCCUGGCGCAAGGCCCGCACGAGGCGAGGCCAAACUGGUGAUUUCCGCCAGACACAUACUGAACCGGGCGGUAGUCAAGUCAAGCACACCCCGAAGCUCCCGUGGGUGGACGGCUCGACUGAUGAGGAGGAUGCCUUGAGACUGGUGACAUUGGGCAGUCAUCAACAUUCCGAUAUUGGUCCGGGGAAAAUUAUCGUCGACCACGAGUUCUCGGUACACUGAUGGCAUCUCUUUUUUUUAAAAAAAAAAAAAUUUU